AUGACCGAACUCCACACGAAUACAAUGCACCCGUCCAUACAAGCGCAGUUUUUACGUCCAAAAUGGCAAUCAUUCUUGACAACUCGAUUGUUAAGAGCUAAGAAUAUUCCGCAGUAUCUCGAUUCAACAACAGUCUCCGACUGUUCACAUGAGCUUCUUGAGAGUGACAACCCUUCCGACUUCAUUGCUGGACUUGUCAUCCGAAUAUCACUAUCACCAAAUAUAGGCUUGGCAGAAGUCCACGUCGAUAGCAGUCGUGUAAACUUAGCAAGAUUACACAAUGCCAUACGAGGUCGGGCAGCUUUAGAGGUCGAAAGAGAAAUUGUUGCAAUUCUUGGAUACCUUAUUUCUGUUGCUAUGGAAGUGUGGCCGGCUAUAGCUCCGGCAGAGCUGAUGGAGCUAGCUGAGGCCUGCCAACGUGAGGCUUAUAUACCACAGGUGUCAGGCCACCUUGACUUCCUGCGGGCCUAUGCGUUGUGGAGAUGCAGGGGUGAAAGGCAUGAGGUAGCAUACAGCUUGCUUCUUCCUUCGUUUAUAUCGACAUCCUUUUUCUUAACAGACAUUUCAAUUCUCGCAACAAUGGCUAUUCCCUCUAUCCGAAGGGACAAUGUACUGCGGAUGUGGCCCAUUGUGCAUUCUAUCUCUGCCAGCCUGAAAAUUCUCACUACAGAUUGGCUUUGGAUGAUCGGGCCUCUUUCUUGGGGCAUUCACUCACUCUAUGGACUGUUGUACCAAAUGGACCAACAGGUAUCUUCGCCCUAUAUAUCUUCUUACUAUGACAACUUCUGUGCGACAUUCCAAAGAUUUUGCACCGACUUACAAGGCUUGGCCUUUGAAAAUUGUGCUUCCCUCGAUAUCUAUUGUACUAAUGAUAAGCAACUGAGCACGUUAACGUUGGAGACUGCCCGAGUCGUGUGGCCCUCCCUGGAGAUGUUGAAAUCUCAUGUUUUCGGUCUUAUAUGUCAUUCUUACCAAGGUCACAGAGAGUGCCGAGCUUUAGAUGAUAGCUUGGCUGAAAGUACCGUGGAUCCUCAACUGUUGCAGAAGUCUGUCCCUAGCAAUGAUUCUGCAGACAUCGAGAACAAAAUUUCUGCAGAGACAUGGACAAAUUUACCUGAUGUUAGCUUUAGUCGUGAGGAAUUCCGGAUCAUAAUCUCAUAUUGGGUUGAUUGGAUUAACCAUCAAAGGAGUCGGCCAAUGGUAAGAGGGAAGCCGGAAUUUUGGCCAGAAAGUGUACGGUAUACCCGAUCUAGUAAAUUAAAAAAGGAAGAGGCAAAACUUAUAUUCAAUCACUUUCUUCAAUCUCAGCCCUUAGAGGGUCUGCGAUCGAUUCUGAAUAUCGAAUCACGCAGAAUAUCAAAUGAUCUCGCGAAAAAGUUGACCGGCUUCAUUAAUUCGCAAGAGUUCGAGAUGCUUGACUCUCAACGGAAGAUGUCUGAGGAUACUCUGGAUAGGGCUUAG